AUGGCCCCGCAGCAAACAGGUAGCAGGAAGCGGAAAGCGCCAGCCAUCGAGGCAGCCGCCGCGAGCUCGUCGUCGCAGGGCUCGGAGGCGACGAAUGGCGAGGGCCCACUGGUGCCCAAGAAGCAGAAACGGCCGGCAGCGCAGCGCUCGCUGGUGCACUACCUGAAAGGCCGCGAGGUGGGCGCGCAGAGCCACGCGGGGCUCUCGAGCUUCGAGGGCGAGCUGCGCCGCUACGCCGUGCGGAAGCUGCCCGAGCUGCUGUGCGAGAGCGAGCUGGCCCUGGGCACCCUCAACAAGGUGUUUGCUUCCCAGUGGCUGAAUGCCAGGCAGGUGGUGUGCGGCACCAAGUGCAACACGCUCUUCGUAGUGGACGUGCAGUCGGUUCAGAUCACGCGCAUCCCGCUCAUGCGGGACAGGGGAGCUGGGCUGGCCCGGGCCCAGCCGAGCUGCGGCAUCCACGCCAUUGAGCUGAAUCCCUCCAGGACGCUUCUGGCCACUGGAGGCGAAAACCCCAACAGCCUGGCGGUCUACCAGCUGCCCACCCUGGACCCCGUGUGCCUGGGUGACCGUCAUGGCCACAAAGAUUGGAUCUUCGCCAUCGCCUGGAUGAGUGACACAGUGGCUGUGAGCGGUUCCCGCGACGGCACUGUGGCACUGUGGAGGAUGGAUCCCGACAUGUUCAAUGGCAGCAUAGCCUGGCACAAUGACGCAGGGCUCCCGGUGUACGCCCAUAUCCGUCCGAGGGACAUGGAGACCAUCCCUAGGCCCAGCACCAACCCCAGUAACCGCAAGGUACGAGCCCUGGCCUUCAGUGGCAAGAAUCAGGAGCUGGGAGCGGUGUCCCUCGAUGGCUACUUCCACCUGUGGAAAGUCAGGAGCACCCUGUCCAGGCUGCUGUCCAUCAGGCUGCCCUACUGCCGAGAGAACGUGUGCUUGACCUACUGCGACGAGUUGUCUCUGUACGCGGUGGGCUCCCAGUCCCACGUCUCCUUCCUGGAUCCGCGCCAGCGCCAGCAGAAUAUUCGACCCCUUUGCUCCCGAGAGGGCGGUACAGGCGUGCGCUCGCUGAGUUUCUAUCAGUACAUCAUCACCGUGGGCACGGGCCACGGCUCCCUGCUCUUCUAUGACAUCCGCGCCCAGAAGUUCCUGGAGGAGAGGGCCUCGGCCAGCCCCGACUCCUCCCUGGGGCCCACAGGGAGUAAGCUCAAGCUCACCUGUGGCAGAGGCUGGCUCAACCAUGAUGACCUGUGGGUGAACUACUUUGGCGGCAUGGAUGAGUUCCCCAACGCGCUCUACACUCACUGCUACAACUGGCCGGAGAUGAAGCUCUUCGUGGCUGGGGGGCCUCUCCCUUCAGGUCUCCAUGGGAACUACGCAGGCCUCUGGAGCUAA